UGGUAAUAUUGUGCUUGGUUAGUCUGUCAAUGCGUCAGAGAGGUUCACGGUGCUUUUUGAACCGGAGACUCAGCCCAGCGAGGAGCUCUUUCUCGAGGCUGGGGACUUUCCAUUCCCCGAGCUGGCUGCGUUUAGCUUAGCCGCCGCGUGGCUCCACCGCGUGAUAAGUCAGAGCAACAGUUGAACGGGAAUCACUGAAUCUGUCAGCCGCUCCAUUAAAACCACCUCCCUGUUUCUGCGCUCACUGUCCACUUUAUCAGCUCCACUACUGUAGAGCUGCACAGUGACCACUGAUGAAGGACCAGAGGAUGACCAACACAAACAGCAGCAGCAGAUGAGCUGUCGUCUCAGACUUUACAUCUACAAGGGCUGAACAGAAGAAAGCAACCAUGUCCUGCCUCAAGUGCCUCAAGUACACCAUGUGUGUGGUGAACUUAAUCUUCUUUAUCUGUGGAGUUAGCAUUUUGGGAGUUGGGAUCUACUUGAAGACAGCGUUCAAUUUCUCAGCCCUUGUGCCCUCCUUCCCAGCCAUGAGUGUCACUAAUGGACUGUUCAUCCUGGGAAUAUUCAUCACCUGUGUGUCCUUCUUGGGCUUCCUGGGAGCCCUCAAAGAGAACCGCUGCCUGCUCAUUUCUUUUUUCAUCUUGUUGUUCCUGGUGAUGCUGGCUGAGCUGGCCGUGGCUAGUGUCCUACUUAUGUAUGAAAACCAGAUUGAUAAGAUGAUAAACAAGGAACUAACCAGCAGUCUGCAGGGGAUAGGAAAGAACACAACCAGCAUCGAGUGGGACACUGUUCAGAAGAAUUUUGAAUGCUGUGGAGUGCAAAAUGUAUCAGACUGGGGAAGCCACAUACCGGAAUCGUGCUGCCAGUCCUCACCCUGCACAGUCGGGGAGUAUUGGAGAGAGGGUUGUUAUACGAAGCUGAAGAAUUGGUUUGACCGAAACCUCCUGAGCACCGGGAUUGGGGUCAUUAUUGUGUGCAGCAUUGAGGUUUUGGGGAUGUGCUUCUCCAUGACUCUGUUCUGCCACAUCAGUAAAUCUGGACUGGGAUACAAGUGAAGAGCCGUUCACGCCUUGCUUUCCCAAAAUGCAGCAAAGAUGAGGAGAGAGUAUUUAGCCUACUGUUCUAUAUUAACCAGUAUUCAGUGCCUCAGGCAGUGACACCCCAUGCCGCAUUGCAACUAUUAUUCUGCUAUUCUGUCUGAUUCAGUGUGUGUGUGUGUGUGUGUGUGUGUGUGUGUGUGUGUGUGUGUGUGUGUGUGUGUGUGUGUGUGUGUGUGUGU